AUGCCCUCCACCUGGCUCCUCUGCCCUUUUCUUGAAGACUGCCCAGUCUCGCCUGCCAUCUCUGGCACCGAGAUUCGUGGAGUAAUAGUCCUCUCGAUCGUAUUCGUUUUGAAGGGAUUCGAGUUCCGCGAGCUCGCUUUGGAGGUAAAGGAGGUUGCGGGCCGACAGUCGAUCGAAACGUUUGAAGAUGAAAGCGCUGUGGUCUCGAUCACUGGCGAUGAAGUUCGCGAGGGAUGGAAAGCCCUGGAUGUACCGUACCUCGAUGCCGUCUUUCUCGGGGUCUUCACUCAUUCUGGGUGGACAAAGACAUUGCCAGACUCCCCUCCUAGAAAUAUUGAAGGCAGAAUUUUGCGACGGAGACUCAAGAAGCCUUCUCGUGGCAGCAACAGCCUCAAGAGGGGCAAAGAAGGCGGUGCUAUCUUGGCGGAGGCUGAGCAAGGCUGA